UCCGAAGCAUGUCCAUUGAGGAGACGAAGCACCAUUUGAGGUUCUACGAAAGCUGGUUAUUUAUUCAAACACGCUGUUUCUCUCCUCUACCGUUGUCCACUAACCUUGUCUGUACAUUUAUACCACGUACAUAUACAUUUCCGAUUGGCACAAGUACAAUAACGACUAUUUUUAGGAACGAAAAGUCGUAGUCAAUCAUUGUUUUUGUAAACAGUCCGAGGUUUAACUAGGUCCGUGAACGCAUCGCACGCAGUAUGAAAGAGACACAAACAUGCGCUGAACAUUUUCCUGACCGCGCCACCUCAAAAUGUGGACUAAGACGCUACACAACAGCAACUUCAAUAACAGAAGCGCGAACACAUCGAAGAUGGUUGACCCAGAUCUGACAUGGCAGACAUUGCAGGCUCUCCAGAAAAAUGGUUCGACUGCAGCAGCUGCUCGUCCAUCCAGCAGAGACGAUGCUUUGGACACGAGCAAUGGUAUCAUUCCUGGAGCUAUUGCAGCUGCCAUUUUCAUCGCACUUUUGCUGGGCCUCUACGCCGGGCUGUGGAAGUGCAUGGUGUCCCCACCACAAAGAAAGCGCCGGAAGGUGAGAGCGAGAGUUCACCAAAGAACGUUGGUGUGAAGAUUUGACACGGGAGUAAAAUACCAGUUUUUCUAGAAAAGGUGUGGACUGAGAUGCAGGUGGAGCACAUUUCUCCUCGUCACCAUGCAGGAGUUUUUUUUUUUGGUAAACUCUGCUUUUCCUACUGCAGCCUUUUGAAUGUUGGAAACCGUGCCUGCUGGUUUUUGUUUUUGCUCUAUGAACUCAGUGAGGCACAACAUGGCCAGCUCACGUCUUCGGGAACAAAUAAGCUGUGUGUGUGUUUAUGUAUGCAAAGUAUUGUUCAAUACCUUCAUGUAUGGAACCUCAACUCGCACAGUUCUGAGGGUAUACCAAGAACAUUGCCUUUGAUAUUUUUCAUAAACCUUCCUUGGAAUGCUUUGCUAAAUGACUGCAGACAUUCUGUUAUGAGUCGCAGCAUUUUGUAGUGUACUGUGAACCUCGAUAAAUGUGAAAUAUCCAACUAAUUCUGUACUUUCUGAAUAGGGGGGCAGGACCUCAUGGGGGGAGGUUGCUGCAAGGUGUUCAUGUUUUUAUUCGGCCCCCAGCUGGGCUUGUUCACCCUGGCAAGACAGCGGAACAUGGGUGUACAGAACUGAAGGAAGCCUGCAUAGGCCGCAGGUUUAUUUUUGCAGCAUGAAAGCGGAACAUGUAAGAUGGCAUCUGCAGACCGCAAAGGCCUACUGAAAUGAGAUUUUCUUAUUUAAACGGGGAUAGCAGGUCCAUUCUAUGUGUCAUACUUGAUCAUUUCGCGAUAUUGCCAUAUUUUUGCUGAAAGAUUUAGUAGGGGACGGCGUGGCGCGGUUGGGAGAGUGGCCGUGCCAGCAACCUGAGGGUUCCUGGUUCAAUCCCCACCUUCUACUAACCUCGUCACGCCUGUUGUGUCCUUGAGCAAGACACUUCACCCUUGCUCCUGAUGGUUCGUGGUUAGGGCCUUGCAUGGCAGCUCCCGCCAUCAGUGUGUGAAUGUGUGUGUGUGUAGGGGUGAAUGUGGAAAUAGUGUCAAAGCGCUUUGAGUACCUUGAAGGUAGAAAAGCGCUAUACAAGUAUAACCCAUUUACCAUUUAGAGAAAAUUGACGAUAAGGUUUGCAAGUUUUUGUCGCUCUUAAAAAAGCCCUGCCUUUCCCAGGAGUAGUGCGCAUGUUGUCACAGAUUAUCGGACUCCUCACAUCCACCCAUUGAUUACAAUCAUGGAGGCCAGCAGCGCGAGUAAUUCUGAUCGAGAAAGCGACAAUUUCCCCAUUAAUUUGAGCGAGGAUGAAAGAUUCGUGUUUGAGGAUAUUGGUAGCGACGGACAAAAAAAAAAAAAAAAAGCGACAGCUCUGGGCAACGGCAGUGUGAGUGUCUCAGAUGUAAUCAGACACAUGUACUCUGAUAAUUCAGGAAGAUCCCUUAUCUGCUUAUUGUUUUAAUAGUGUUUUAGUGAGAUUUUUGUUACGAAAAUUGGAGAGUGGAUCCCAAGGAUGCAGGGACGUAGUAUGAUAUAGUUAAGUUCUUCCUUUAUUUAGGUGGAAGUGGAACAUAGCCAAAACAAAAAGCGAUGGUGGAAAUACAAAAACACCAUGAAUAAAUAACUAUAUCAAACAACCAAAAAAUUGAACAGAAAACGCUAGACGAAGCUAGGAUAACUUACUUCAAAACACGAAGUAAAACAAAGAAACAAAAUGUUAACUAAAGGCGCUAGACAAGGCUAGGAUAUAAAUAAGCAAACCUGAGAGGUGCACAAGACGGACUAGAAAGACUGUGAGUUUGUAGGAGGCCAAGACACAUGCGAGAGAACUUGCAGUGGAAUACAAAGUUCCGGCACUGACAGGCCGUCAGCACCCAGACUAAAUAGGCCACCUAAUCAGCUUUCAGGUGUGCACGAUUGCCCAGCGUCAGCUGCACUCCAGACUGUGGGCGAGAGCGAGAGUAAACAUGACGUGCAAACUUACACAGAAAAACAUGAAAAAUUCAGUUCACCACAAUUUUAAACAUUGUAAAGACAUACCUCGAGGUCGGAUGGCUGCGUUGAACACACUGUGUCUCAGAGAGAAGCCGAGGAGCCAAGCUCACAGCUGCUGCAGAAUGACGAAUAAUCCACGGAUGUCUCCGGUAAGAUAUAUAUCACAAUUUCCCCAUCCAAAAACAUGCUGGUUGACGUAGAGAAAACAUGUUCGCUUGACCGCUCUGUGUUAAAGCUUCACAACAAACAAAGAAACAUCGGCUGUGUCUCGGUGCUAAAAACAGCUGCAAUCCACCGCUUUCCACCAAAAGCAUUGUUUUUUAUAGUCUCCAUUAUUAAAUGAACAAAUUGCAAAAUAUUCAGCAACACAGAUAUCCAAAAUACUGUGUAAUUAUGUGGUUAAAACAGCAGACGACUUUUAGCUGUGUGUGUGAGCAGCGCUAAUAAUUCCUUACAGUCCGUGACGUCACGCGUACACUUCAUCAUUCCGCGACGUUUUCAACAAAAAACUCCCAGGAAAUUUAAAACUGCAAUUUAGUAAACUAAAAAGGCCGUAUUGGCAUGUGUUCUAAUGUUAGUUUAUAUAUCAAUGAUGAAAUAUUAUCAGACUGCGUGGUCGGUAGUAGUGGGUUUCAGUAGGCCUUUAAUUUACACCCUAGUCAUGUCAAAAGGCCACUGAACUUUUUUUUAUUUACUUAUGCCGCAAUAACACUGUUGGCCUCAUUCUAAAAAAAAAAAAGAUUAAAGGUUAUUACCAAGGCUUAGGUCAGGUCAAUUACAAACCCCGUUUCCAUAUGAGUUGGGAAAUUGUGUUAGAUGUAAAUAUAAACGGAAUACAAUGAUUUGCAAAUCAUUUUCAACCCAUAUUCAAUUGAAUAUGCUACAAAGACAACAUAUUUGAUGUUCAAACUGAUAAACAUUUUUUUGUUGUUGCAGAUAAUCAUUAACUUUAGAAUUUGAUGCCAGCAACACGUGACAAAGAAGUUGGGAAAGGUGGCAAUAAAUACUGAAAAAGUUGAGGAAUGCUCAUCAAACACUUAUAUGGAACAUCCCACAGGUGUGCAGGCUAACAUACUCAGUGGCCUAGUGAUUAGAGUGUCCGCCCUGAGAUCAGUAGGUUGUGAGUUCAAACCCCGCUUGAUUCAUACCAAAGACUAUAAAAAUGGCACCCAGCAUUAAGGGUUGGAAUUGGGGGUUAAAUCACCAUUAAUGAUUCCCUGGCAUGGCACCACUGCUCCCCUCACCUCCCAGGGGGUGAUCAAGGUUGGUGGGUCAAAUGGAGAGAAUAAUUUUGCCACAUCUAGUGUGUGUGUGACAAUCAUUGGUACUUUAACUUUAACUGGGAACAGGUGGGUGCCAUAAUUGGGUAUAAAAACAGCUUCCAUGAAAUGCUAAGUAAUUCACAAACAAGGAUGAGGCGAGGGUCACCACUUUGUAGGCAAAUUGUCCAACAGUUUUAGAACAACAUUUCUCAACGGGCUAUUGCAAGGAAUUUAGGGAUUUUACCAUCUACGGUUCAUAAAAUCAAACGGUUCAGAGAAUCUGGAGAAAUCACUGCACGUAAGCAAAGAUUUUACGGACCUUCGAUCCCUCAGGCGGUACUGCAUCAAAAACCGUCAGUGUGUAAAGGAUAUCGCCACAUGGGCUCAGGAACACUUCAGAAAACCACUGUCAGUAACUACAGUUGGUUGCUACAUCUGUAAGUGCAAGUUAAAACUUCACUAUGCAAAGCCAAACCCAUUUAUCAACAACACCCUGAAACGCCGCUGGGCCCGAGAUCAUCUAAGAUGGACUGACGAGUCCACAUUUCAAAUUUAAUUAGGAAACAGAGGACGUGGUGUCCUCCGGAACAAAGAGGAAAAUAACCAUUCAGAUUGUUACAGGCGCAAAGUUCAAAAGCCAGCAUCUGUGAUGGUAUGGGGGUGUAUUAGUGCCCAAGGCAUGGGUAACUUACACAUCUGUGAAGGCACCAUUAAUGCUGAAUGGUCCAUACAGGUUUUGGAGCACCAUAUGUUGUCAUCCAAGCAAUGUUAUCAUGGACGCCCCUGUUUAUUUCAGCAAGACAAUGCCAAGCCACGUGUUACAACAGCGUGGAUUCGUAGUUGAUUUUAUACCAAAAUGGAUACAUGGAGGAUACAGCAGAGGAUUGGGAGAAUGUCAUGUGGUCAGAUGAAACCAAAAUAAAACUUUUGAGUAUAAA